GCGGCGCUGGUACAGUAAAAUCAUGGAGUAAAAUAAAGAGAGCAGACCUCAGUGUUAAAGUAGUAGUUGCGUUGUUACGCCGAUGGGAGGCAGCAAUGAAGUGAGCCGUUACCAGUCUGCAAGAAGGAAGAAGUAAAAACCGUUGUUGUGGGAAGUUGAGUGGAGUGCAGUAGGCGGUAAAGUCACGGGUGGAGUUAAUGUGGAUGAACUGAUGAAGUUAGCCGCUGUUAGCUGUUAGCCGUUUCCUGAUUUAACUCGUUAGCUGCUAACAGGAAGCGCUAGUGCAUAAUGCAUGAGUUUACACUGUCUGUGCUGCCAGUGUGAGGUAGUUAAGAUAGUUAUGUGUGGUAAUGUGGUUUAGGUAGGUAACCCGAGGCUGAUGGUUUAAUGUGAGCUCUCAGCAGACACCAAUGGAGCACACACAGAUCACCGGGGUGUACGGAGAGCUCAGCGGCCUCCCUGCGCCUGUUUCUGCCUGUGUGAGAGAAGAACAGCUCCCUGAGCUCCGGAGCUACACCGUGACCACAGAGUGGAGUCAGAUCAACCUGGUCCGAGGAUCCAGACUCCGCUACACCCAGCAGUGGACUCUGAUCCCAGACUGCAAUGACCACAAGAGCAUCAGGGCUGUCCUCCCCCCACGGUCCUGUGCCCCCGUGUCUGGAGAGUUGCUGAGUGAAUUCUCUCCCAUUCGAGGUCUGAGGGCAGUUAUCAGGGAGGCAGGAGGCUACCAGUUCCUGGAGAUCUGGGACUGUCAUGGACUCAGGAAGUGCCUCAACCUGACGGCUCUCAACGAACAUGGACGAGUGUAUGACGAUGCUCAGUUCGGCAGCCUGUCAUGGUCAGACUGUGAGAACAAACUGCUGUAUGUAGCAGAGAAGAACAAGCACACAUCAGAAACACAUGAUGGAGAAACUGCAUGUGGGAAGGACAGGAGUGUGUACUGUGAGGACUGGGGUGAGGCUCUGACCAAUAAGAGCAGCCCAGUGAUUUGUGUGGUGAAUCUUCAGAACGGCGUCGUCAGCGUUCUGCAGGGCGUGCCGCCGGACAUCUCACCUGGACAGGCUCUGUGGGCUCCUGGGGGUCAAUCGGUGGUUUUUGUUGGUUGGUACCAUGAACCGUUCAGACUGGGACUGAAGUUCUGCUCCAACCGCAGGUCUGCGUUAUUCAAGCUGGACCUGGAUGGACUCUGUGAGAGUCUGUCAGGGGACAACCUGUCCGUGUCCUGUCCUAGACUGAGUCCAGACCGGUCCACGCUGGUCUACCUGCAGGGCCAGGUGUUCGGUCCUCACAAUCAGUGCCUCAGUCUGCAACAGUUGGACCUGAAGAGCGGGAAAACGUCCACACUGCUGGAUGUUGUCAGCAGACCACAGACUGGUGAGUUUGCAGGUGUGUAUGAAGCUCUUCCGCCCAGGUGCUGGUCUGCAGACAGUCAGAGGGUGGUAUUCAGCAGCGCCCGCAGGAACUGGAAGGAUCUCUUCAUGGUCGACAGAAGAUCAAAGAAAGUCACCUCCCUCUGUGAUAGUUCCUGUGAUCUCUCCAGAGUCUUUGGCAGCUGGAAGCUUCUGACAGUCCAGAAGGACCUGAUGGUUGUCUGCUGCUCCAGCCCCAACACCCCCCCCACUCUGAGGGUGGGGUUCCUCCCCUCAGCAGGUGAGGCUGUAAGGUGGAGUACUCUGCAGCAGCCUGUCAUCACCUUUGAUUUCCAGUGGACAGUUGUAGAUGUCACACCUCCAACUGAGGAGGACAACACCCACUAUUCUGGUUUAGACUUCAGCUGUGUCCUGGUCAAACCGUCUCACCCCGUCCAUGAAGUCAGGAUCCCUCUGGUCGUCUUCAUCCAUGGUGGACCUCACUCUCAGUUUCCUGCAGAGUGGAACUGCACCACAGCUGGACUGACUAAACUGGGCUUUGCUGUGCUGAUGGUGAACUACAGAGGAUCCACAGGAUUCGGUCAGGACAGUAUCUUGUCUCUGAUUGGUCAGAUUGGAAACCAGGAUGUUAAAGACGUUCAGAGGGCCGUGCUCACUGUGCUGCAGAGCGACCUGACCCUUGACCCUAAACGCUUGGCUGUGAUUGGUGGUUCUCACGGGGGUUUCCUGUCCUGUCACCUGGUUGGUCAGUACCCAGAUUUCUACAGAGCGUGUGCAGCCAGGAACCCUGUCAUCAACGCUGCUACUUUACUGGGAACCAGUGACAUAGUGGACUGGCGUUACUCCAGUGUGGGGCUGCAGUUUUCGUACGACCAGAUCCCCACCAGUGAAGCUCUGGCGGCCAUGUUGGAGAAGUCUCCCAUCACACACGCUGCUCAGAUCAAGGCUCCAGUGCUGCUGAUGCUGGGAGGCAGAGACAGGAGAGUGUCUCCUUAUCAGGGUCUGGAGCUCUACAAAGCUCUGAAGAGCAGAGACUCACCUGUCAGGCUCCUGUGGUUUUCAGAAGACGGACACUCACUGUCCAGAGUGGACACACAGGUCGACUGCUUCCUCAACACAGUGCUGUGGCUGCACCAGCAUCUCUGAACACACACACACACACACACACACACACACACACACACACAUACAUACAUAAAAAGAGUAAUGUAGUUUACAGUCACAGCAGUCAAAUCUUCAACACGCUUUGAACAAAAAACACAUUCUGUAUGUUACAGUGUUAAAAAUCUGAUAAAUAUUAUAAAUGUUACAGUGUUUAAUGUUACAAUGUUAGUUGUGAAGUUUUUUAAAUACAAA